AGGUAGAUAGCUGAAAUUUUGGAUGGCAGGGGGAAGACCAAAGGUGUACAACAUAUAAAAGAAUUGUUUAAAUCGGUUGAGACAAACAGAAGUUAUUAGCGAAAUAGAGCUGAACCAUAAAUUGUACUAAAAAGUUGCAAUUCACUCAUAUAUAUAUAAAAUAAAUGUAAGGAUUAAUAUUAAAAAAAUUUAUUUUCUACUGUUAAGGUAAAGUUUAAGUUAAUGAAACAUAAGAUUAACAACUGAUAUUAUUUGUCUACAUAAAAGGGUAUAACUAUUUCACUAUAGAUUAAAUUAUUCUCAUAGGGAUGCAAUUAUUAAUUGAAGUUAAAUAAUAUUAUAUUCAAGAAUAAUCAAAUUUGAGAUUAUUUUGAUAUUAAUCAAUUUUUCCUAAUGAUAUUUAGUUGUGUUCAUUUUUUUAUCAGUUGUCUCAAAUUACAGUACAACUAUGUAGACUGAUAUAAUAAAGUAAUGAACUGAUGAGCAAAACUGAAAAGAUUAUUUUUAGUACAUUUACAUCUUGACUUGAGAGUCAUAUUUCAUGUUUCAUAAGAUCUUAAUAAAAUAAAAUAAUAUUUUAAUUUAGUGGUGGUGAUUCAUUAAAUAAUUCUGCAAAUAAGAAUAAUGAUGAUGAUGAUGAUGAUGAAAAUGGUGAUGAAAAUGAUGUAACAUGUGCUCAAUGGUUAGAAGAUAUGGGUUUAACAGGAACAUCUUCAACAAAUUCAACUAAUGAAAGACGAUGUAUAUCAUCAAAUAAAAAAAAUUUAAAUGGAAAAAUACGUUCAACAACAAUUCUUAUUCGAGAUUUAUCUUCUGUAAAUAGUUUAUUUAAUUUUCUUUUAAAUAAAUCUCAACGAACGUGUAUGUCAUUAACUGGACUAUUAGCAGGAAUUCCACCAACAUUAUUAUCACCACGUCCAUUUCUUAAUUCAACAUUAAAAUAUUUAAAUGUUAAUUUUCAAUCAAAUUCAAUGGUUACUAUUGAUGGUGGACCAUUAUUACCUGAUCGUAUUAAAGGUUUAUGGAAUUUAAUAACAGAAAAAAAAUCAACAAAUACAAAUGACAUGUACAAAUGUUGA